GUAAUACAGCCAUACAGCAUCAGCAUAGCCGAUUCAACGAGUCAAACUUUAGCGACCGGUUCCUAGCUUUGUCAUCUCCAUCUGUAUACUCGCUGUUAUGCAGACGCUAUCCUCUGACGAAAUAUUUGAUAUACUCGAGGGAAACCAUCCAUUGGACUGUUCUGUUGGUGACAGGGAAUGAACGAUAUGUCGUACCGCCCGCAUCCUCUCCGCCAGUCGUACACCGUUGACCCCGCGCCUGUGACUCGCCAGCCAUCAACAACAUCGUCGUCCGCGUCGUCGGGCUAUUCACACGCCUCCUUCACUUCUGAUCUCUACAAUCCCAGCAACGCCAGCACAAGCUCUUCCGUUGUCUCCAAUGGCUACAGCUCGUUGACCGUCGGACACAAACGAGGCAAGAGUGAAGCUGUGAUUCGACACAGGGCGACCACAUUUGAUGAGGCCCCUAAGAGCCCUGAAAAGAUGUACAGCAUGGCUAGACAGUCACUGAGGCCUCUUCCACAGCCGCCCGCCUCCGGCUCACCUCCUCCACCAUCUGCACCGCCUCUCACACCCCCCCGGCGCGACCGCCUCGAACGCCAUGAACGUGGCCAAAGCAUCGAUAUUGGCAAGCUCUCUCACUAUGAUCCUAGUACAUCGCCAACCAGGAUAUCGCCAGCAGCCUCACCAACGCAUCUCUCUCCCUCAAAGAACGCCCGCCCAACCUCUAUGCUUUUAACACGGUCAGACUCCAUACGUCCAGACAUCGCCAGAACUACAACGAGCUCUCAACACGCUGUUGUGCAUUCUCCUCUAGCCGCCCCGAACUUGCAACAGUUAGGUCGCUCCUCUACGAAUCAACUUCGAACAUUAUCCAAGUUGGCGGCGGAACCCGGCUCAUCCGACGAGUUCGCCCUUACCUCGCCAGCACAAGAAGUAGUAGGCUUACGAGGUCGGCGGAGACUACAGCGCAUGGGAACAGGGGAUGGCUUGAAGAAUGGACAGCGUGCCGAUCGAUACGGCUUUGAAGGUCGCAAUUGGAUGGACAAACAACGCCAAUUCAUCCAAGCCUACGAAUAUCUCUGUCACAUUGGCGAGGCAAAAGAAUGGAUCGAAGACAUUAUUCAUCGUCAAAUCCCUCCGAUUGUCGAGCUAGAGGAAGCACUCAGAGACGGUGUGACGCUUGCUGAGAUUGUGGAAGCGCUCAAUCCCAGUCGAAGAUACCGUAUAUUCCGAAAUCCGCGCCUCCAGGCGAGGCAUUGGGAUAAUGUUGCAACAUUCUUCCGUUACCUCGACGAGGUAGAGAUGCCUGACCUAUUUCGCUUCGAGUUGAUAGAUCUGUAUGAGAAGAAGAAUAUCCCCAAAGUCAUUUAUUGCAUACAUGCUCUCAGUUGGCUGCUCUUCAGAAAGGGAAUAGUAGACUUCAGAAUAGGUAACCUUGUGGGCCAACUGGAAUUUGAACAUCACGAGUUAGAAGCUACGCAGAAGGGACUUGAUAAGCUCGGUGUCAAUAUGCCUAGCUUCGGAAAUAUGGGUGCAGACUUUGGCGUCGAGGUCCCUCCAGAGCCUGUUGAAACGGAAGAAGAACGAAUCGACCGAGAACUCGCCGAAAACGAAACAGUCAUUACCGAUCUUCAAGCACAAAUACGCGGCGCCAUGCUCCGAAUGCAACUGGGCAAGCUUAUGCAACAGCUAUGGGAUUCUGAAGACUGGCUUAUCGAUCUCCAGUCGCGUAUGCGAGGAGAAUGGACACGGCAAAUUAUGGACUAUCGACUCCAGAUGCAGCGAUUUGCCGUCAACCUUCAAAGCGCAGCCCGAGGAUUUCUCGUCCGUCAACGAAUGAUGCACAGGGAACAUUUUUGGAAGGCUAAAGAAAAGGACAUUGUCAAGCUCCAGAGCAUGAUGCGAGCCAUUAAAGCUCGAAAUGAGGUACGAGAUACAAAGUCUCAAUUGGUGCGGGCCGAUGGGCCGGUGCGCAGUAUCCAGGCCAUGCUUAGAGGUCAUCUUGCACGCAAGCGGUUCCAUUCACAACAGGAGGAGACGAGUAGUAUGGCUGGUCCUGUAUUACAACUUCAAUCCGCGAUUCGCGGAAUGCUAGCCAGGGAGAAAGUGGGAAGCGUUCUGAAUUCUUUGGGGGAGCAAGCUCAAACGAUCACUAGUUUGCAGGCUAUUGCCAGAGCGACGCUGACCAGACACCAGUUACAAGCUCAAAAAGAAGCACUUCAGAGCUUCGGACCACAAUGGGCCGCAAUUCAAGCGAAUAUCCGAGGUCGUCAAGUCCGACAAGAUAUUGCUGCAACUAAACACGAACUUCAACAUCACAGCUCAGACAUUGGACUUAUACAGGCUCACAUACGGGCUGCAGCGGUUCGCCGAGAGAUAGCCCAGACGAAUGAAGACCUACAUGCUCACGAAGAUUCGAUUCUUGACCUGCAAGCACUUGCGCGUGGUAUGAUUGCUCGCCAACGUAUAACGGCAAUUCUUGACUCUCUCGACACACAUUCGGCCAUUUUCACGGACCUGCAAGCGAGAGCCCGCGCAUCUUUGUUCAGGAAGCAACAUCAGUCGCUCCUCAAAGAACUGGACUCUUACGAGCAAGAAGUGACUUCAUUACAAGCCUUAGCACGAGCAAUGCUUUUACGUUGCAACGUCGGCGAGCUCCUGAAUGAGCUCGAUGAACACGAAGACGAGAUCAUCGAACUGCAGGCAUUAACUCAAGGAUUCCUGGUAAGACGUCGAUUCGCUGCCAAGAAGAAACACUUCAAUGAGAAUAUGCAGAAGGUGGUCAAGAUCCAGAGCUUUGUCCGUGCCAAGCUGCAGGGAGAGGCUUACAAAAGCCUCACAACUGGGAAGAACCCCCCUGUCAGUGCUGUCAAAAAUUUCGUUCACUUGCUCAAUGAUAGUGGCUUUGAUUUCAACGAAGAAGUCGAAUUCGAACGCAUACGAAAGACUGUUGUCCAACAAGUUCGGCAGAAUGAAAUGCUUGAACAGUACAUCGAUCAACUGGACAUCAAAAUUGCAUUGCUAGUCAAAAACAAAAUCACGCUAGAUGAAGUAGUCAAACAUCAGAGCAACUAUGGAGGUCACACCACUAGUCUUCUCGCCAAUGCCUCUAUUUCUUCUGGAAACCAGUUCGACCUCAAGGCACUCAACAAGAGCUCCAGGAAAAAACUCGACUCAUACCAACAACUCUUCUUCAACCUUCAAACACAGCCACAAUACCUCUCACGGCUAUUCAGACGGCUAAGAGAGCAGGGAACUGCUGAGAAAGAGUGCAAGCGCAUUGAACAUUUGGUCAUGGGAUUGUUUGGAUAUGCACAGAAAACGCGGGAGGAAUACUACCUGCUAAAACUUAUUGCUAAGUCGAUCCGUGAGGAGGUCGAUUAUUGCACCUCUGUGCAAGACUACCUCCGGGGCAACUUUUUCUGGUCAAGAAUCUUGGCCAACUACAGUCGAUCUCCUCGUGACAGAAAAUAUUUGAGAGAACUACUUGGCCCAUUAAUACGAGACAACAUCGUUGAAGAUCCUGAUUUAGAUCUCGAAAGCGAUCCCAUGCAGAUUUACCGAUCGGCAGUGAACAACGAGGAGCUUCGCACCGGACAACCUAGCAGACGCCCUCUAGACAUCCCCCGUGAUCUUGCUAUCAAGGACCCGGAGACACGUGAACUAUUUAUCGACCACCUUCGAGACCUCAGAGAAAUUUGUGAUCAAUUUCUCACUGCCUUAGAAGACCUGCUCCCUAGAAUGCCAUAUGGACUUCGUUUCAUAUGCAAGCAGAUCUUCGAAGCAUUAUGCAGUCGAUUCAAACGCGAGCCCCAGCACCAUAUACUUCAACUUGUAAGCAACUGGGUUUGGCGGUUCUACCUUCAGCCAGCACUUGUCAACCCCGAGCAAGUUGGUGUCAUUGAAAAGAUUCUUAGCCCGCUCCAAAAGCGAAACCUGGGUGAAGUUGCUAAGGUACUCAGCCAAGUAGCUUCCGGUCGUCCAUUUGGAGGGGAUAAUAUUUACCUCCAACCUCUUAAUGCGUUUGUGGGCGAUUCUAUAGAGCGCCUCGUCAAUACCACCCAUGGACUGAUAUCAGUCGCUGAUGCUGAGCAUACGUUCGGGGUGGAUGAAUUCAACGACCUCUACGCCAAAAAUAGGCCGACAUUAUACAUCAAAAUGACUGACAUAUUUGCCAUCCAUAACCUAGUAGCCCAAGAAAUCUCUAGCAUAUGCCCCGGUCGCAACGACGUGCUCUAUGAGAUCCUUCAAGAUCUGGGUAGCGCCAAGAACAAUGAGAACGAAAUGCACGCCGCGGGAUCCUCUGAUAUCCAAAUGUUCCUCACACCCAAGCUCCACGAUGUCAAUGAUCCAGAGGCGGACGUCAAAUCUCUGUUCAUGGAAACGAAGAGAUGCAUUCUAUAUAUCAUCCGAGUUCAGACGGGUGCCAAUUUGCUAGAAAUCCUUGUACGGCCGCCAACGCAAGAGGACGAGCAGAAGUGGCAGGCACUCCUGCGGGAGGAUUUUGCUUCCGGCAGUAAUACGAAGGGGGCCUACUCAGACGUGAAUAUGGUCGAUGUGACUCGCAUGUCGUACUAUGACAUGAAACGCAACGCUCUAGAGAACAUCAUGCGCUUAGAGCAGAUGGGGCGCAUCACCAAACACAACUACUACCAAGACGUGUUAAACGCAAUUGCGCUGGAUAUCCGAACCAAGAGCCGCCGGAGAGUUCAGCGACAACGAGAAUUGGAAGGCGUGCGAUUGACGCUCAGCAAUCUUCAUGAGAAAGCCAAAUACCUCGAACAGCAGCGAAAGAGCUACGAUGACUAUAUCGAGCAGGCCAUGGCCACUCUACAAAAGAACCAAGGAAAACGGCAUUUCUUCCCCUUCACGAAACAAUACAACCAUCAACGAGAGCUCGAGCGAUCUGGCCGGGUGCCGAAAUUCGGCUCUUACAAGUACAGUGUGCGCGCGCUUUUCGGAAAGGGCGUAGUAGUGUCAUGGCAGGGCGUACCGGAGCGCGAUUGGAGCAGCAUCAAUCUGACGAUCGCAUGCGACCAAGUGGGCAUCUUUAAUGUCGAGGGAAGUCGUGGCCACAUCCAGAUCCCCGGGGCCAGCGCCGUCAUCCCUAUUGAAGACCUCCUGCAGGCGCAGUUCGAGGCGCGCCAGUUCAUGGACUUCUUCGAGGGCAACCUCAGGAUUAACGUCAACCUUUUACUGCAUCUCUUGUACAGGAAGUUCUACCGGACGCAGUAAGUCUGGGCAACGCGAACUUUUUCUCCUGGAAAGAAAAUUUAUUUUAAAGCGCUUCGUUCGUUCGUUCGUUCAUGGGAAUGGGGGAUAGGAAUGGAUGAAUGGUUGAUUGGCUGGGACCUUGUUUAUAUGGGUGAGUGAUACCAGGUUUCACGGGCAACGGCUUGCUUGCAUUAUACGUCGUCUUUUCUUUAGAAG